UUGACUGCUAAAUCACAUAAAAUUAAUUAAAUAAAUUUAAUGUAAUAUUAUUUCUGAAUUGUGGUUAAUGCAUCACCACCAAACUAGUGUUUUUUUACUUUCUAGGCGCUCUGUUUCGAUAUUGUUAAAGGUUUCAAAAUAAUAAAUUAAUCUCACCUUCAGCAAUCUAGAUAUUUACUUGCUAUCGGACCGUGCUAUUCGCUGAUCUUCCAAUAAAUUUAAAUAACAAUGAUUGGAUUCAUAACAAAAAACAUUAAUGAUAUUAUAUACCUAUCCCUUCUGUUAUCCAGUGUUGUAGUCGGACCUUAUUAUAGAAGUUUAUCUACAAUCCUAUUAAAGAAAUGGACAGGUACAUUAUUAGGGCUAAUUCUAAUAGUGACUGUGUCAGGAUACAGUGCUAUUCAUCCUAUUCUGUCAGCAACAAUAGGAAUUUUAGCAAUAAAAGCAAGUACUGUAAGGUUUUGUCACAUAGUCACUUUUUUUUUCAUGUUUGGCUAUUUAUUCUUCUUUCGAUUGGCUGAUAAAUUUGGUUUCUCACUGUCAUCUGGUCAAACUAAUUUAAUAGAAAUGAUAAUAGUAUUGAGAGUUGUGGGAGUAGCAUUUGAAAUUAAUGGUUCCUGGCUUGCGAUGAAGAAUAAAAAAGAAGAAAGUAUCAAAAAUGAGAAAGAGAAAGAUGAUGAUUUUGUGGAAAUUAUAAAUCCAGAUCUUUCGGACUUGUUUCAUUAUUCAUUUAAUUAUAUUGGUCUCUUGACAGGACCGUAUUACAGAUACAGGACAUUUGAUGACUAUUUCUAUUUGCCGUUCAGUAAGAAUGCUGAUUGUUUUGGUGCAACAAUCAACACUUUGAAAGCUGUUCCGUUAUACAUUUCACUGUAUUUGGCAUUUUCGAAUAUAUGGCCUUUAGAGUAUGUCUUAACCGAAGAACAUAAUAGCAGACAUAUCAUAUACAGAAUGCUAUAUCCGUGGGCUCUGUUCGCUGCAUUCCGCCAACGUAUAUACGCGGGUAUGACUUUAGCUGAAAGUGUCUGCAAUUCAGCUGGGCUGGGUGCAUAUCCUGUACAAGGUCGAAAUAGGACUGGUCACGGACCAACUGUGGGAUACAUGAAAUUAAAGCAGAUGUCCGAAGAAGAAGCCAAGAAUUCACUGUACGAUUUUAAUACAGUUGAGUCUAUGGACGUAUGGGGUUGUGAGUCAGUCGUAACUUUGCGUGAUUCAAUGAAAGUUUGGAACAAAGCUGUGCAGUAUUGGGUAGCAAUGGUUGUAUACAAGAGAUUCCCGAUAAAACCUUUGAAAAUCCACGCAGCAUUAUUUAUAUCUGUGAUAUGGCAUGGUUUCCAUGCUGGAUACUUUUUCUGUAUAUACUUCUGUCCAUUCUACUUGAUGGCCGAAGAUAUCUACUACAAACUGUACUACAAGAAUGCUACAGGAAUGAAAAGGAACGUGAUCGGUUUCGUAAUGUGGUUUCUACGUUCGCAUUCGGAGUCUUACCAGGCGGCCGCGUUCCUGCUCCUGACUUUUGAUCGUAUAUGGAUUUACUAUUCAUCCGUUUAUCAUUACUGGUACGGCGUUUGGCUGGUCUUUUUAUUAAUAGGAAUUGCGUUGAAUCAAUUUCAUAAAACAAAUAGACCGAAAAUCUCAACAGAAAAAAAUGUAGAUCAAAUAAAAACGGAAUAGUUUAAUUUAGUCAAGACUAUAAUGUGCAAGGUAAAUAAUUAAUGUUGCUCAAUUGAUGUGUCUUCGAACCAUGAAUUUAUUUGGGAAUCAAUAGCUCUUUGAAUAUAUUGUUUAACUUUUCAUAUACAUUCCCAUUCAGUACAGAGAUUUAAACUUGUAUUUAUAUUAUAUACUAGCGAACCGCCCUCGCUUCGCUACGGAAACAUUAAAUUUUAUUAUUGAUAGUUG